UCCCCUGUUUCUCUCAUUCACAUUCAUGGGUUCUGGGCUUCCAGAUCUUGGAUGAUAUCUUUUACCAGCUUCGUCUGGAGGGGGGCUACAGCAAUUUUGGUCUGGGGCAUGGAACCGCUGUGUGAGUUUUGUUGGGCUAUGAUAGCAGUGGUUUACUGCAAGUCAGAUUCUGCUCGUCUCUGCUUGCAUUGCGAUGGCUGUGUGCACUCUGCGAAUUCUCUGUCUCGCAGGCAUUCGCGUUCUCUCCUUUGUGAUAAGUGCUAUUCCCAGCCAGCAGUGAUACGUUGCAUGGAUCAUAAGUUGUCCUCGUGUCAAAGUUGUGAUUGGAACCCGACUGCUUGUUUUGCAGCGGGACAUAGGCGCCUCACGUUGAAUUGUUACAAUGGUUGUCCUUCUUUGUCUGAGUUUUCUAGGAUGUGGUCCUUUGUGUUUGAUGAUAGUUCCUCACAAGCUGGCUGGGAAUCUGUUAGCACUUUUCCAAAAAGUGAUAGCUGCACUAGCCUGGAGCAACCUGAUCACAAUGGUGGUUCCUUUAGUUUGGUGAUUGAGAAGUUGGAUGAAAUUGAAUCUUGUGUCAGAUAUGAACCUUGGAUGGGGCAACCUCACAUCAUUCCUUCAAAUCCAAAUUACACACCGUACUGCAAAGAAGAAGGAUUUUUCCUAGCUCAGGACUCAAACCAGCCAAAGACGCAGGAGUGUACUGAUCGAGGAACUGGUGAUGGGAAUGGACUCUCUGAAGGUCUCAAUGUGGACAGAGCUCCAAUAAAUUUUGAAAGUGCUGAAGAAAUAUUUGGCUGUUCACAAGCUGCCACUAGAUACCCUCUUGAAGAUGGAGGAGUGGACUGUCUAUUGAUGGAUAAAAAAUUAUCAGUCACCGAAUCUAGUUCACUUAUUGAGAGUGCCUUAGAGGCAUCAUCAUCAAUUCAACAAGAUUGUGUGGCUUUUCAGUCAUCUGGGACACGUGGAUCAGUUAGUAUGUUGCAGGUUAUGAACAGUAACACAAACUGUGCACUUAUGAAUCCUAGCAGCACUGGAAACAUCAGUCUGAGAUUUCCUCAGGGUCAAGUUCAUUCAAGCAUACCUCUUCAAUUAGGCAACAUUGUGGGUGAAAAUAGUUCUACUGAAUAUCAAGACGGCGGGAUAUCGCCAAUGUUUCUGCCGGGUGAAAUCCCCUGGGAAUCAAAUUUGGAGGGUACAUGCCCACAAGCAAGGGAUAAGGCUAAAAUGAGAUACAAUCAGAAAAAGAAAACUCGAACGUUUGGUAAGCAAAUAAGAUAUGCAUCUCGCAAAGCAAGGGCCGAUACAAGAAAACGUGUGAAAGGAACAAAGAAGAGCCCAACGUUUGAACAGAUUUCAAAAACAGCAUCACGGUCACUAUGAAUUCAGAUAAACACACGGGGCCUACAUUUGCUUCCUUGCUUUAAGAGGAGAUGUACAUAGUUAUCCACACCUGAAUUUGAAAGGUGAGACACUGUUAUGUGUAAACACCGUCUAGAAUAAAAGGAAAACUGGUGUUUGGCAAGCAACUAUAGUCAACCUCACAUUGAAAGGUGAGACACUGUUAUGUGCAAACGCCGUCUAGAAUAAAAGGAAAACUGGUGUUUGGCAAGCAACUAUAGUCAACCUCACAUUGAAAGGUGAGACACUGUUAUGUGCAAACACCGUCUAGAAUAAAAAAGAAAACUGGUGUUUGGCAAGCAACUAUAGUCAACCUCACAUUUCUGCUGUCAGUUUGGUCCUUCCUCAAAGAGAUCCUUCACACGACAAUAUUCUGUCAUCCUAAGCCAUUGUUCAAGAACAACACCUAUCAAAAAAAUUCUUCAAGAACAACACCUACACCAUAAUUUGGAACCUCUUCGUUUCUCCCAUUUUCAUCAGAUUAGGGAGCACGAUCACCUAUGGAUUGAGAUGCCAUUGUUCUUGACUUGCUGGAAGCCAGUUUCACAUUGCCUCAACUAUUUUAUUGCUUCUAUGACUCUAUUUUCAGAGGAUGAUUGUUUAAGUUACUUCUCCAUUAUUUUCGGUCUUUCUAUCUGCCUUUUCAUGGUAUGGUGCAGAAGUACUGAAAUACAAUAAAUUUUCUCAUCAUAAUA